ACGAAUACCAAACAGCCGCGUUUCUCCGCACAUUUUUCUUUCUUUCGUUUAAUUUUUGUAGAAAAUGUAAAUAAUGGCCUUCCAGCUGGACGAUCUUCUGAAAGAAGAUAAGAAGGAUGCAAAUUUAUUACCUGACCUAAGCAAAGCAACCUGCAACUCUCAAGAGGAGUUCCGACGACUUCUUGAAAACUGCCCCGAAUUUAAAAUUAAACCAGAAAAGGUGAAAAAGGACGAUGCAAAAGUACGUGAUAAAGAAUUUUCCUGGAAACCAACCAGAAAGGAGUUAAAAGCACUUGGAAAAGAAUGGAACUAUGGAAAUCCAAUACCUCCGGAUAUGAGAGGUUUAAAUCUUUACGAAUUGCAACAGGUUGCUAUUGACUGGCGAAUGUUAACACCUAUCAGACCAAAGCAUCGACAAGAUGAGGAAAUGUUUUCUAGAUUGGUGGAAAUGGGAAAACUGGAAGUAAAAACAAUUACCAAAGAACGACGAUCGACUAUAAGCCCUAUUAGACGUAGCAAAAAUCGGGCAGGUAUAAUUGAAAGUAGCGUAAAGAUUUGUGCAGACUGUGAGGAAGAAUAUUGUUUCGGUGAGUCUUGUGGCGAUGUUCUUUACGAUUUAUAUGUGCGGGUUGCUGUUGCAAUUCAACAACCGAAAGUGAAAGUGUCCGCCGACACUGAAGCGAUAAUAGCUAAUUUGGAUCGCAAGAAAAAGCGAAAAAGAAAGAGAAGGAUAAAGAGUAAAAGUAGAACACCUAAACGAAGUGGCAGACUAUUAAUUCGGAGCAAAACAAAGAAAUCUAUGGGCAACGAUUUAGGGAGAAAAAGUAAUAAAGGCAAAAUUGAAGACGAUGAGAACGAUUCAAAGCCAGUUAAACCAUUUAAAAGAAAGUGCAGUAAAUACACUAAGAAAGGAUUUCGAAAGUAA